AUGGAUUUUGAAACAAACGAAGACAUCAAUGGGAUUCGUUUCUCUUGGAACGUUUUUCCAUCCACAAAGACUGAUGCCAACAAAAAUGUGGUUCCAGUAGGUUGUUUAUACACUCCCUUGAAAGAAUUUAUCAACGAAGAAGAUGGUUCCAACACUUUAGCUUUAGCACAAUACAAUCCAGUAGUUUGUGCAGGCCCCCAAUGUAAAGCCAUUCUAAACCCAUAUUGUUCCAUUGACCCACGCAGCAACUCAUGGACUUGUCCAAUUUGUAAUUCAAGAAACCAUUUACCUGCCCAAUACGCCAACAUGACCCAAGAAAAUAUGCCAAUUGAAUUACAACACACAACUAUGGAGUAUAUCACCAAUAAACCUGUUCAGGUACCACCUAUUUUCUUCUUUGUUGUCGAUAUCACUGCAGAGAAGGAAAAUUUGGAUGCUUUAAAGGACUCUAUCAUUACCUCGUUGUCUCUUUUACCUCCAAAUGCUCUUGUUGGGUUAAUAACAUAUGGUAAUGUUAUCCAACUUCAUGAUUUGUCCAGUGAAACUAUCGACAGAUGUAACGUGUUUAGAGGUGACAAGGAAUACCAUUUAGACCAACUGUUGGAAAUGUUAACUGGUCAAAAACCAUCUGGCAAUAAUUUAAAUAACUCAAAUAUGGUUCCACAAUUCAAUGGAAAAGUUACUCCAAUGUCAAUUAACAGAUUUUUCUUACCAUUGGAACAAGUAGAAUUCAAAUUGAACCAGUUGUUAGAAAAUUUGUCUCCUGAUCAAUGGUCUAUCCCAGCUGGCCACAGACCUUUGAGAGCUACCGGUUCAGCUCUUAAUAUUGCCUCUUUGUUAUUGCAAAGCUGCUUCAAGGGUGUAGCCGCCAGAAUCAUCCUAUUUGCUAGUGGGCCAGGUACUUUACAACCUGGUUUAAUUGUUAACUCUGAAUUAAAGGACCCAUUAAGAUCACAUCAUGAUAUUGAUUCAGAUAAAGCUCAACAUUAUAAGAAAGCUUGCAAGUUUUAUAAUGGGAUUGCCAGUAGAGUGGCUACCAACGGUCACGCUGUUGACAUAUUUGCAGGUUGUUACGAUCAAGUAGGUAUGUCAGAAAUGAAGCAAUUGGCCGAUUCUACAGGUGGUAUUCUUUUGUUGACAGAUGCUUUUUCCACUGCAAUUUUUAAACAGUCAUAUAUUAGAUUAUUCGCUAAGGAUGAUGAAGGUUACCUAAAGAUGGCUUUCAACGGUACUCUAUCUGUUAAAACAUCUAAAUCUUUGAAAUUACAAGGGUUGAUUGGUCAUGCUUCUCCAGUACCUAAGACAGAUGCACGCAACAUUAGUGACUCUGAGAUUGGUAUUGGUGGUACCUCCACAUGGAAGAUGGCUACUUUAUCACCACAUCACACUUAUGCACUUUAUUUUGAAAUUGCUAAUAUUGUCAAUAGUCCAACUAAUAAUGCAAUGAUGGCUGGCCAACAACAGCCAAAUUUGGCAUACACCCAAUUUAUUACCUCUUAUCAACAUUCUUCAGGUACUAAUCGUAUUAGAGUCACUACUGUGGCUAACCAGUUAUUACCAUUCGGUAGUCCUGCCAUUGCACAGUCAUUUGAUCAAGAAGCAGCUGCAGUAUUAAUGGCUAGGUUUGCUGUAUCAAAAGCAGAAGAAGAUGAUGGUGCGGAUGUAAUUAGAUGGAUCGAUAGAAACCUGAUCAAAUUAUGUCAAAAGUACGCUGAUUACAAUAAAGAUGAUCCAAAUUCCUUUAGAUUGGCACCAAACUUCUCUUAUUAUCCACAAUUUACGUAUUAUUUAAGAAGAUCUCAAUUCUUGAGUGUUUUCAACAAUUCACCAGAUGAAACUGCUUUUUACAGACACAUUUUCACUCGUGAAGAUACUACAAAUUCCCUAAUUAUGAUUCAACCAACGUUAACUUCAUAUUCAAUGGAAGAGGAACCACAUCCAGUCUUAUUGGAUUCUAUUUCCGUAAAACCAAACACUAUCUUAUUAUUAGAUACAUUCUUUUAUAUUUUAAUUUAUCAUGGUGAACAAAUUGCUCAGUGGAGAAAGGCAGGCUAUCAAGACGAUCCAAAUUACGUUGAUUUCAAGACUUUAUUAGAAGAGCCAAAAUUGGAAGCUGCAGACUUAUUAAUUGAUAGAUUUCCAUUGCCAAGAUUCAUUGAUACUGAAGCUGGUGGUUCGCAAGCCCGUUUCUUGUUGUCUAAAUUGAAUCCCUCUGAUAAUUACCAAGAUAUGUCACGUACUGGUAGUACUAUUGUUUUGACUGAUGAUGUUUCGUUGGAAAAUUUUAUGACCCAUUUGCAACAAGUCGCCGUCAGCGGUCAAACUUAA